AUGGAUGACAGUGAUCCUCCUCCACUAGGGGACACUGCCACUCUAAACCAAAUCAGAAGGCACGAGGAAGACAAGGCUAAGAAACUAAAGGCAAUUGCUUGCCUUUUCUCGGCCGUCUCGGAUAGGGUAUUUUUAAGGAUUAUGAACUUCGAAUCACCAAAGGCUGCUUGGGAGAAACUGAAGGAAGAGUUCGAUGGGGGAGUCAGAAGCAGGAAGGUAAAAAUCUUGAGACUGAAGAAUGAGUUUGCAUUACUCAGAAUGAAGGAAAAUGAAUCAGUGAAAGACUAUGCAUCCAAACUCUCGGAUGUGGUAAACAAAAUGAGACUGCUUUGGGAGGAUUUUCCGAAAUCAAGGGUAGUAGAGAAGAUUCUUAUUAGUUUGCCCCCCAAAUUCGAGUAUAAAAUCUCAACACUGGAUGAGCUUGCCGACAUUGAGUCUAUCUCCUCGGCUGAGUUGAUAAAUAAGCUUCAAUCCAGUGAGCAACGGGGAAAGAAAACCGUUCGUUACAAUUUCUGCAAAAGGCUUGGUCAUAAGGAGAAAUUCUGCAGGCAGAAGCAGAAGCAGGAAGGAUCGCAGCCAAAGCAGGAACAACAGCAAGCCAAUGUCACUGAGGUGUUAUGUGAGCAACGUGACACAAUUCUCGUUGCGUUAAGCCAGGUCCGGCUUGGAAAUGGUAUGCUAGAAACCAUCAAGGGCAAAGACAACAUAGCCAUUAAAACCAGGGAAGAUAGGAAACUUAUCACUGAUGUGAAUUUUGUUCCUAUCCUCUCACAGAAUCUUCUUAGUGUGAAUAAGAUGACUAAUCGAGGUUACUCGGUUGGAUUCAAGGAUACUUGCUACAAGAUAUAUGAUCCUGAGGAUAGAUUGAUCGCUUUCAUCUAA